ACAGCGGAUCAGAACCUAGAGACCUUCCGGAACCAUCAUGCAUGUGUGCAGCUACCAGAAGACUUUCAUUUAGUAAAGACUUGAGGGGGUAAAACGGAAACCAGGAAAACAAGGAACAGACGACAGAAGAAAAAGCGAAGGACGAUAAUUCCCACACUCGGACAUGGCCAGCACCCAGACCAGUUUGAAAACCCCUUUUAAAGACUUGACCUCCUUUAAGGGCAACAUGAAGCGGCUGUACAGGGAGCGGAUGGAGGACGCGCCCAUCAAGAAGCGAGUGAUGGCAGAGAUCAAUCUGAAGAGGCGCGGCUUGGACUCCCUCCCAAAACUUCCCAAGGUGAAGAAGGAGCUGAUGGAAGAUCUGACCCAUGAGGCUGAGAUGGACGCCGAGGCACGGAGCGAACUGCACAUCGUGGGCUCUGUGAAAGCCCUGGACCUGAGUCCUGGUCUCAAACACACGCUGGCCCAGUUCACCCUCAGCAGCCAGAGCUCCCUCGGCGGCCCGGCCGCGUUCUCGGCCCGAACGGGCCACGAGAGUUCCCCUGCAGGACUGCCGCCCCUGCCCUCCCCACCUGUUCUGGGAGGGGGCCCUCUCCUGGUUCCCUGCGACAGCUCCACCGAACUCACCCACUCUCUGCUGGAAGGAGAGUCCAUCUCCUGCUUCGUGGUCGGCGGCGAGAAGCGGCUCUGCCUGCCUCAGGUGCUGAACUCGGUGCUGCGGGACUUCUCGCUCCAGCAGAUCAACACCGUGUGCGACGAGCUCUACGUCUACUGCUCCCGCUGCGACGCCGAGCAGCUGCACAUCCUCAAGGUGCUGGGCAUUCUGCCGUUCAACGCGCCGUCCUGCGGCCUCAUCACGCUGACGGACGCGCAGCGGCUGUGCAACGCCCUGCUGCGUCCCGGCGCCGCCCUCCCCACCGACCCCAGUGGCAAACUGUUAUCUCAGGGCCUGCUGAAGGAAAGCGAGGCCAGCUUCCAGGUGGAGCACCAGUGUCUGGGCAAGUGUCAGGGUCUCUUCGUGCCCCAGUUCUACACCCAACCCGAGGCCCCCUGCAUCCAGUGCGUUGAGUGCCAGCUGCUCUUUUCGCCACAGAAGUUUGUCAUGCAUUCACACAAGUCACCUGAUAAGAGGACCUGCCACUGGGGCUUUGAUUCGGCCAAGUGGCCCUGCUACCUGCAGCUAGCCAGGAAGUACCAGGGGACUCCGGAGGAGCCCAGACUCAAGCAGCUGCUGGACGAGGUCAAAGAGAAGUUCCACUAUCAGCUCAAGAGUUCCCUUGACAAAAAGUCGGGAGAGGAAGAGGAGAGCCAGCUGAGGAAGUCCUCGGUGGAAAUUUGCUCCGCUUCAGACAAGUUAGCCGACACAGAGCCUACGAGAAAGGGGAAACCAUCCCCACCGGCUCUGAUGUUCAACCGUCUUUUUACGGACAUCAAGGAGGAGCCAGGACACCCCACCCUGGUCCAUCCCAGUUAUUACCUGUACACAUACGAUAAGAUGGUGGCUCCCAACGUUUCUCUGAGGAGGGAGGCGGAGAUGAGCCCCGAGGUGUUUGGCGCGCUGCUCAAGCAUCACUACAGCCGCAGGAUGCUGGGCCACGAAGAGCCACCAAUGGAUCUCCACGCGUCGCCUCCUGUCACGGCCGGUGCCGAGGAGGCCAAAUCCCAGAGCGUGGCGGCUGCUGUCUUGGCCACUGAGCGGGAAAGCCAAACCCAGGCAGUUUCCAUGGAGACGAGCAGCCCGUGCUGCAAGAAAGCCACCCACAUCCCCUCCCACACUCCUCCUCCAGCAUCUCUUCCUCGGUCUGCGUCGAUGCUGUCGUCGGAAACGGAAGCGGCGUCUAAGGACAUGAGCGCCGCCGUCGCCACGGCGUCGGCGGUCGGGGGUGUGGAGGACGACAAGGACAGGAUCGUCGUGGAGAUCAUGCAGAUGUACAACAGGCAGCAGGAGAAGCUCAACUCCACCCUGCAGAAGCAGCUGCAGCUGGAAAUGGAGCUGGAGGCGUUGCGUGGGGGCGAGGCAGCAAGGCUACGGGAGCUGAGCGCGGAGCAGCGGGAGCUCCGCAGCGAGCUGGAGGCGGUGCACAGCGAGCAGGCGCGGCGGCUCGGACAGGCCCGCCAGGAGCAGCUGGAGCUGGAGAGCCGUCUGGAGCAGCUCCGGCAGCAGGCCUGCGCCUGCGAACCCGGGGCCCAGCGGCAGCAGGAGGCCCACUACACCGCUCAGUUGUCGGAGCUGCGGCAGAGGCUGGAGCGGGCCGAGGCCGACCGGCAGGAGCUGCAGGAGGAGCUUCACCGGGAGCGGGAGGCACGGGAGAAGCUGGAGCACACCAUCGCCCAGCUCAAGCAGCAGAUGGCCCAGUCUGGCAUGAUGGGAGGCAGCCCCUCUCCCCCUCUCACCCCCGCCACUGGACCCCUGAACGCCCACUCCCCUCCCUGCUCUUCCUCCAUGGGCGAGGCCCCUGUGGCCGGCCUGAAGUAACUACGACAUUUUCUUCCCAUCAAUCGCCAACUCUACAGACACAAACAAUUCAGCCUGACCCUCUGCAGGCUCCCUUUCUGAUCCCCGUUUUUAAAAGAUACAUUACAAGAUUUAUGUUUUAUACACAUAUAUAUAUAUAUAUAUAUAUAUAUAUAUAUAUAUAUAUAUAUAUAUAUAUAUAUUCCCAGUCCUCUCUUUAAACAGUAUUUAAAGAUUUUUUUUUGGGCAUGUAUGUUUGAUUUAAUUUAUAGUUUUUAAUAAACUAACAGCUGCUUUAGAGACAGGAAGUUCCAUCACUAUCCUUUCCCGCCUGAAUCAUCGUCCUUCCUGCUCCCUGGUUCCUGGAGCUGAACACUCUGAAUUUUGGACUCCACCGUUCCUUGCUGGUGACACUUUAUGCUACUACCUGGCACGGCUGCCAGUACCUACAGACUUUGCAAACAUGAAGCUCAGAUCCUCAAGACUCAGCGAGUGGAGGAGUUUAAAAUGACAUCUCUCUCUAUAUAUACAUAUAUAUAAAAAUAUAUAUUUUCUUUUGGAGUCCUGAUAAACACAAAUAAAUAUAAUCAUGUUAAAAUAUUAAGUCUUUAUGGAGGAAAAAAGACCUUUACUGUACAAAAGCAGACAUUUGUCAUUCGCAGAUGUUGUAGGACCUCAUGAAAAUAUGCCAGUAAUGACGCUGAUGUUGAAGUGACUGAGUGUGACCUCUCCCCAAAGACCCUCUACACUUCUUGUACUUAGCUAUGAAAUGCUACAGCCUGGAGGGCAGAUUGGUUUCCUCUUCACUCGACCGACCAGCUGCUGGUCUUCCUCGGUCUGGGCGCGGGUCAUUCAGACAUCGAGCUAUGCUAGGUUUUUAAAACAUUCCCAUUUUUAAAACUGCUAAAAUUUCUCCGUCAUUUGGUUCCUAUGGUUCAAAUCCUUUCAUGACACCACAAAAAGUUGUUGAGUGAUCAGAAUAAACAAAAACAUUAUCCCUCUACCGAAAGUAGGCUACAACUUUUCAACCGUUAGCCUGGGCUUUCUCCCAUUGGCCUGGAUUUCUUGUAGAAUUCCAAAACGGCCAAUCAGCGAACAGAAGGAGACGAUGACGUCGUUUUUAUGCGCUGGUUUAGUCUGCCUUUAGCUUUAGCGAUGGCAGCGGAGGAAGUGAACUUAGCCGCUCUGUCCAUGUCGGCCACGCUUCCAAAUAUUUUUUAAUCAACUUCUCUCUUUGCAGUGGAGGAUGGUUGUUUGUAGAGCAAGUAAUUUCCGGUAAGCGUGAAACUUUAGCAAUUGAGUACAAUUUAAAACUUCAGCAGAGUCUACCCCUCCAGUUAGCAAUUGUUUGAAAAUAACCAAAGGUCCAGACGCUGUGUACUGGCUUUUGGGUUUGUAGAACUUGAAAAGUCAUCCUCUGACCAAUUAACUAGAUAUUUGAAAGCUUUUUAUUCACUAGUGAGUCUAUGAAGAGAAGAAUGACAGCAGCAACUAAGCUUACAAAGUGCUUAUUUUAGAUUUUUUCCUCUAAUCUAUGCAAUAAAACCAACGUAACAGUAAAUACAUCUUAUAAAUGAUAUAGCUUCACGGGAGUUUGCCAGUUUUCUAUUAAACAUUGAUAAAAUCCUCAAAUCUCACCACACCCAACCAGGAAACCGAGUUAAAAAAAAAAAAAAAAAAAAA